AUGGCAUCCACGGCAAUCGACUCUGUAAUAUUCCGCGACAUCUUCAGCUCGGAGGCGAUGCGCCGCGUCUUCACCGACGAGCAUCGUGUGCAAUGUUACCUUGAUAUCGAGGCGGCACUGGCACAAGUGCAGGCCAAAAUCGGACUCAUUCCCCCACAGGCUGCCGAUGAGAUCGCAGCCAAAUGCACACUCGACAGUAUUGACAUGGCAAAGCUGAAGAUCCAAACCGAGUUGAUCGGCUAUCCCGUCCUGCCAGUAGUGCAGCAGCUGGUAGAUGUCUGCUCGAAUGGUUUUGGGGAAUAUUGCCAUUGGGGAGCGACCACCCAGGAUAUCACCGAUACGGCCACCAUGAUGCAGAUCCGAGAGGCACUCGCUCUGGUCGAGCAGGAUCUAAAAGCAAUCGUCGAUUCUCUGGUCGGCCUCGGUCGCCGUUACCGCGAUACGCCGAUGGCAGGGCGCAGCAACCUCCAGCAGGCGGUCCCCAUCACCUUCGGCUACAAAGUCGCUGCCUGGCUCUCCGCCAUCCAGCGUCACCAGCAGCGGCUGGCAGAACUGCGUCCAAGGGUGCUUGUAGGCGAGUUUGGCGGUGCUGCCGGUACCCUCGCUUCGCUGGGCGACGCUGGAAUGAGAGUUCAAGAAGGGCUCAUGGCAGAACUCGGAUUGGGCCAGCCGGAAAUCGCCUGGCAUACCGCUCGCGACCGCAUUGCAGAGGUCGGCUGCUUCUUGGGACUGGUGACCGGGACUCUGGGCAAGAUUGCAAUGGAUGUGAAGCUGCUAAUGCAAACCGAGGUCUGCGAGGCCUUCGAGCCCUACACAAAGAAUCGCGGCUCCAGCAGCACCAUGCCGCAGAAGCGGAAUCCGAUAUCCUGCAACUACAUUCACGCCUGCACGGCUAUGGUCCGCCAACUUGUGCCAGUCCUUCUGGACGCCAUGGUCGAGGAUCACGAGCGCUCCACCGGCCCCUGGGAAUCUGAAUGGAUUGCCGUGCCUGAGAUUUUCCUGUUGAGCUCUGGUGCCCUGCAACAGGCACGCGCGCUCCUCACAGGCCUGGAGGUGGACACCACACGCAUGCGUUCCAAUUUGGACAUCACCAAUGGUCUAAUCUGCGCCGAAGCCGUCAUGAUGAGCCUGGCACCUCAUCUCGGCCGGCAGCGAGCCCAUGACCUGGUCUAUGAAAUCAGCCGACGAGCCAUCGUUAGCGGACGCCCAUUGCUCGAUCUGUUGAUGGAGAUACAGGAGAUUUCUUCUGUCCUGGACCGAGCCGCUUUGGAAAAGCUGCUCGAUCCUGCCGAAUAUCUUGGUCUAUGUGGCGAAAUGGUCGAUCGAGUCCUGGAUCAUACUAAUGGAGCCGGACCAUCCGCAGUUUCAGUGGCCUCUGCGGAAAGGGAGUAA